AUGGUUUCGCGAAACAUCUUCGCUAGGACUGCCCUCGUCUUGGCCGCUAGCGUGGCCAUUGCUGGACCUUGUCGCCCUGCUUCCUCCUCUAGUGCUGGAGUAUUGCCCAGUCAGAGCGCUACCAGCUCUCUUGGAAGCGAGACCGCGACACAUGUAACCGCGACGACAGAGGCAAGAUACAGCGUCUCUACUGACGCAAGCUCAACCGAGGUUGAGAUAAGUAUCACUGUCGAAACUACUACAGCAACUUCUUCGAUUGAAACCACCACUACAGCUCUAAUCGGCACCGCUACUACAGCUGUGGUCGAAACCACUACCACCGAGCCUGUCAUAAGCACUACCACUGCUACUGCUGUUGCUGACAGUACAGCUACUACCGCCGAGGCCAGCACUACCACCCAAGUGUCCGAAGCCGUCCAAUCAAUCUAUCUCUUCGGAGUCGGUAGUUAUGAUCCCGCUGUGGAGUUGGUACGCGGCGCGGGCUACACCAAGCUCUCAGAUACUUCAACUCCCGGUACAUCCUACCUCGACUUCACCUCCGAUGUCGGCUCGAAUCUGCUGUUCAUACUAGAUCCCGGCUCUGGCAAACUGAAGAUUGGCAAUGGCGCCCAGGCUGGAAAAACGGCCAUGUGUUCUGCCGUGAAUGAUAUCAGGUUGGUUGUUGUCAUGGAUGAGGCAGAGGGGCUGGAUAAUGGCUUGUCUCCUUUGGACUGCGAGAUUGUGCUCGAUGGGUUCUAUCAGCUCAAGUGCAAGUUCAGCGACCUUGAUGGCUAUGCGGACUUUUGGACAUGUGGUACCCAUUUGAUGCUGGUGAAGCCCGGAGUUGACGCUACAACUAUGUGUAGCCGUGCUACGACAUCGUAUAGGCUGCCUCAAAUCCGGAUACUUGGACCCAUCUAA